AUAUUUUAUUAGGAGCUUGAAAGCCAAUGGUCACUUUAAUAGCGCAUGUGGGCGCGUGUGUAGCUUGCAGGCGCGUGCUCAAAAAUGGAUUCCGACAACGUGAAAGUUGAAAAUGGGACAAACGAGAAUAAGGCGUUUGACCCAACUCCUGAAAACCUGGACAACUCACCGUCGAAGAAAAGUUUGUCGAAGUUACCUGAAUACACUGGAUCUUCCGAUGAAAUUGAAAAAGAUGAGGGUAAACCAGAACGGCCACAAUGGGACAACCAGUACCAGUUCCUCAUGUCAUGCAUCGCAACAUCGGUCGGUUUGGGCAAUGUCUGGCGGUUCCCCUUCGUCGCUUACCAGAACGGCGGCGGUGCCUUCCUUAUACCGUACAUCGUAGUGCUGAUACUCAUAGGAAAGCCCAUGUACUAUUUGGAAACUACGUUAGGACAGUUCAGUAGCAGUAACUGUGUUAAAAUCUGGGCUUUAUCGCCAGCAAUGAAAGGAACUGGUUACGCACAAGGCCUCAGUGCGAUAUACGUGGUAUCCUACUACAUGUCCAUCGUUGGUCUCUGCUUGUACUAUUUGGUAAUGAGUUUCCAAAGCGUAUUGCCUUGGGCCGUCUGCAGACCGGAAUGGGAAAACUGUGUUCCGUCAGGCCAAGUAGCAAACCUCACGGAAAUGACAGGAGAACCGAAAAGCAGUGCCGAAUUAUAUUUCACGCAAACUAUUCUGCGGCAAUCAGACGGUAUUCACGAUGGACUAGGAGCACCGCUAUGGGACCUGACCCUCAGUUUAUUCAUCUCAUGGGUAAUUGUUUUCCUGAUCGUCUCCAGAGGAGUCAAGAGUUCCGGUAAAGCUGCAUACUUCCUUGCCUUAUUCCCAUACGUCGUUAUGAUUAUUUUACUCAUCAGGGCUGUGACUCUAGAGGGUGCUGGAAACGGGAUCUUAUUCUUCAUAACUCCACAAUGGGAGAAGAUUUUGGAAAUCAGGGUGUGGUACGCCGCAGUUACGCAGGCAUUCUUUUCUCUGUCUGUUUGCUCUGGAGCUCUUAUCAUGUUCUCGUCUUACAAUAAUUUCACGCAAAAUGUCUACAGGGAUUCUUUAAUUGUGACUACAUUGGACACUUUCACAAGUUUGAUCUCUGGUAUCACGAUCUUCGGUAUUCUGGGAAAUCUUGCGUUCCAACUUGGUUAUGACAAUGUCAGCGACGUCAUUGGAUCCGGAGGCUCCAGUCUUGCUUUCAUCUCUUACCCAGACGCCAUCGCUCAAUCCCCAUUUGUACCUCAACUCUUCGCCGCGCUUUUCUUCAUGAUGAUGGCAGUACUUGGAAUCGGAUCGGGAGUAGCUUUAUUCUCAACCGUUAACACAAUUCUGAUGGACACUUUCCCCAGAGUGCCCGUUAUAUAUAUGUCGGCAAUGGGAUGCUCAGCUGGAUUCUUGAUCGGCCUUGUGUAUGUUACUCCGGGAGGCCAAUACAUUCUAGAGCUGGUCGAUUAUUACGGAGGAACUUUCAUGAGAUUGUUUGCUGCUAUAGUGGAGGUCAUCGGGGUAUUCUGGAUAUACGGUUUGGAGAACAUGUGCCUUGACAUUGAGUUUAUGUUGAAAAUCAAGAACUCGUUCUAUUGGCGAAUUUGUUGGAGCAUCAUCACGCCUGUUAUGAUGUUGACCGUAUUCUUCUAUGCAUUAAUUACUACUGAAGAGUUGCUUUUCGGUGGCACAUACGAAUAUCCGGCUGCAGCGUACGUUGCGGCAACGAUUCUUCAGUACGCCGGAAUUAUAUUGAUCCCUAUUUGCAUCAUUUUAUCUCUUUGGAAAUAUAGAACCAGCAGUGUCGUUGAGACUGUAAGACGCGCAUUUGGACCGAAAAAAACUUAUGGACCUAAGAUCCCUGAGAUAUUCGACGAAUGGAAAGAAUUCCGUCGUAACGCGAAGUACGACCGCGAACUCAAGCGCAAAAACUGGUUCCACCACAUCGGGCUAAGUCUUAUCGGCGGCUACCGAUGGGGCAAAUAGAAAGACUCUUUAAAAUGAUAGUUAAUGUAACGGGUUUAUCCCUAAAAGUGAUAUAAGUUUAAAUCUAUUUAUGUUGCUGUAAAAUAAUACUUAAGUGUUAGAUGCGUGUAGCUGUAUUCAAAAACGAUGAACAGCAACAAUUUUCUUUCUCUAUGACCUACACUCUCUACACCUGAGAGGGAUGUCAGGUGUCAUGCUGUCUUUCUCAUUGUUAACUGAAAUGUACUUGAAAUGUAGAAAUAUAUAGACAUUUAAGAACGACACUAAGGGGAUUUACAGACGAAGCCACUUAAGUUGAGGCAAAUAUCAAUGUUCCAAAAUGAGGAUCUAAAUCGCCUGACCUGAUGCGAUUCACUGUUGAGUUUGACAGUUGCUAGUUGCAGCAAUUAGGACCUAAGCCAUCGAUUAUAGCAACUGAAAACUGUUGAAGACCACCGGUACUCAAAACUCAAGUUGCUAUUAUGUGAAACAGCUAGUUGCCAGUUGCUGAUCUUAAUUUAAUUAAUUUAAUAAAUUAUUUAUUUAAUAAAUUAUUUUAGUUUACUCAUUACUCAUAUGUAUAAGUAAAUAUUUUGUGUAACUGUGUACAAUUAGUUGCACCUAUGUAUCUCAUUUUAAGGAAAUAAAAUAUUAACCUACGU